UGCAUAUGUAUUCUGCUUGCUUGUGACUUCAGUGGCCAAGAGCUUAACAGUGCAGAAGUGGAAUUAAACGACGGCUGAAGCAAAUAGAAUAAUCGUUAACUGAUAAAAUGUCGGCGGAUAAUCAAGCUGCCCCACAAGAGCCCACCCCCAAUGUCGCAGUGGUGUCAGCCGCCUCCUCAGAAUACCUGAAACGUACCUGCCUCAUUUGCGGCUGCCAUACAAAUCAAACGAUAAAUAUUUACGAGCCGCGCUCUGGACCUAAUAUUGUGCAACUAAUUCAGGCAAAAUUUAAAUUUCAGCCGAUCAACGAGGACAAGUACCUUUGCUUCAGCUGCAACAAUUGGUUGAUCAAUUGGCACUCAUUGCAGGCGAUGAACAGCAACGAUGCUGACAGCCAAAGCCCCUCCCACAUGAGCAGUAGCAACAGCCUGGCCCAGGAACAGGAUCAGGCGGCCGGGGCCCCUCGAAUUCAAGUGUCUGCAAAAGUGCGGCCGGUAGCUUGCGUCCGGCCACGCCUAUUGCUGGAUUAUAACCCACCGCUUAGUACCACAUCCGCAGAUGCAAAACAGGCCUCUACACAGUCCAUAAGAACGGCCAUGCCUAUAAGCUACACAAAGCGAAGCUUUCGCCGAGGUGCAGCCGUGCUACGGACACACAAAAUGCGGCACAAUUGUUGGACCCGCGGGCAUAAUAUUAUUUUCCGACAGAUCCUAACGGCGGUGAAGCCAUCAUUACCCGAUCCUAAGCGAGCCGCUCUGUCUCGUUGCAGAAUAUGUCGGCAAACUGCGAAGCGUUUGCGGAACAAAGCCAAAAGUCUAGUCAAAAAAGUUAAUCAGCUUUCACAAACCACAUUUUAUAGCCAUAACCAAAGUGAACAGCAGAAAACCCAAAAAUACCAGCAGCCACGCGUGGAUGGGAAAGUGGUAGCCAUGUUUCGGCGCCUAGGCACUACACUGAGUAUGGAGCAGCCUGAGUGCGCAUGGCUGGGGCCGCCUAAAAUUAUGAGUCCUGUCAAACAACGUCCUUGUUGGAUGCAGAACUUGGAAAACGAUGAGAUAUUGCUGGAAUUUCGGAAUUCAAUAUCGGAAGUUCUUCCAAACACCACAGGAUCAACCACAAAAAGGGCGCGCCGCCGACUGUGCUAUCAGAUUUCCGACAUGGAAGAGAAAUGCAAUAUGCACGUUGGCAACCACAUUAACAAUGAAAAAUCUCAAGUUUCCCAAGAGACUGGAAUCAACGGAACUGAUGUGGAUUUAAAGCUCAGUAAUUUUCGAUUGCCACAGGGUCUCAGCAUUACGUUAGUUUAAGAGCUCAAAAAAACGAGCAAGCUCAAAUAAAUAUGUUAGUCAAAUUUUAUGUAGUGUAAACAACGCACAUAAACCAAAUAAGCAACAAAACAAACAAUUGCGUUAGUAAAUGUAUGAAAAUUGUUGAAUUCAAUAGCAGGUGUGAGCCUGGAACGUUUUAUUUUUAAGUCCUCAAGUUAGUGAUUAAUAACAAGAAACAAGCCUGCAAAAGAUUUAUUUUUUUUGGGCUGCAAAGAAGGGCUAAGAAUUUAAUUUAAUUUUAUGUAUUUAAGCAACAUAAAUGUAAGUUAAGCAA